AUGACCUUUGCGUUUCUGCACUCGAUUUGUGCCCGGAUCGUUGCAACACCAGAAGGGGACAACAUCCACAAUGCUUGCCUGCGUUACGGAGAUUGGCGUGGCCACCAGGACUACUGCCAGCCAGGAGGGUUGCUCGAACCAAGCUGGACAGUGACUCUCCUGGGGACCUACAUGUGCUUUUCAGCUGCCUUGAUGGAUCAAGGGACAAUCUCCUGGGAUCUUGAGGCAAGCGGAACGGGAGAUGGUGAAGGAGAGGAUCAAAACAGCCGAAGAGGAUGGUGUUGGGUGGUGCUCUGGCCUUGUCACCAAGCUUUGCGGUGGCUGACGGUACAGGAGCGGCCCAAGACAAACAUCUCUGAGGAGGAAGAAGAACGCAGAAAGGACCAGGGUUGCUCGAGCAACUUUGACUUGUCUUCACAGCGACAGUUUGUUGAACACGAUUCCUAA